UUGCCUUGCAAUCCAUCUGCCCCCACCGCAGCCUCCGCUUAGCACCGCCAUCCGCCGGCGGCGACGACCCUUUCCUCCUCCGCUCGAGGAGAGGGGCAGCGGAGGGAGGGGUGGGAGAGGGAGAGCCAAGCAACCGAUCCCAAGUACCAUAUGGGCGCGGAGGCAGAGCAGCAGCAGGACCCCUCCUCCCUCCGGGCCAGCAGGGAGGCGGCGCCGGCGGUGCUGGGGCUGCAGCUGUCGGCGCUGAUCGACCACGUCGCGCGCGUCGACUGGUCCCUCCUCGACCGCGUCCCCGGCGACCGAGGCGGCUCGCAGCAGGUGUCCAUUGAGGAGCUGAAUCAUAUUCUUACUGAAGUGAACGCCCACAUCCUUCCUUCCCGUGAUGACCUCUCUCCAAUAACUACUAUAGCUGGUGGAAGUGUUGCCAACACAAUUCGUGGGCUCUCGGCGGGUUUUGGGAUAUCAACUGGAAUAAUUGGAGCCUGUGGAGAUGACAACCAGGGCCUUUUGUUUGUCAACAAUAUGAGCUUUAGUGGUGUAGACCUCACAAGAUUAAGGGCCAAAAAAGGGCACACUGCUCAGUGUGCAUGCUUGGUCGAUGCAAGCGGCAAUCGCACCAUGCGGCCAUGCCUAUCUAGUGCAGUCAAGAUGCAGGCCAAUGAGUUCAGAAAGGAAGACUUUAAAGGCUCCAAGUGGCUUGUUGUGAGAUAUGCACAACAGAAUAUGGAACAGAUUUUUGAAGCUAUUAGGAUUGCUAAACAGGAAAGCCUUUCAGUGUCAUUAGAUUUGGCCAGUUUUGAGAUGGUUCGUGGCUAUAGGUCACAACUAAUCGACCUUUUGGAGACUGGCAACAUUGACCUUUGCUUCGCCAAUGAGGAUGAAGCUAGAGAGCUUAUAGGUGGAGGUCUGGCAUCUGAUCCAGAGGAGGCACUCGCGUUCUUGGGCAAGUACUGCAAAUGGGCCGUGGUGACCCUUGCUUCAAAGGGCUGCAUAGCAAAGCAUGGCAAGCAGGUUGUUCAGGUGCCGGCCAUCGGCGAGAGCAACGCUGUGGACGCCACGGGAGCAGGCGACCUAUUCGCGAGCGGGUUCCUGUACGGGCUGGUGAAGGGGCUGCCGCUGGAGGAGUGCUGCAAGGUGGGAGCGUGCAGCGGUGGGUCGGUGGUCCGGGCUCUGGGCGGUGAGGUGCGGCCGGAGAACUGGCAGUGGAUGUACAAGCAGAUGCACGCCAGGGGCCUCCUGCUCCCCGUCCUGAAGAACUGAAACGAACCCAGCUGCUUGCACCCGUGUCUGUCUCUACUCCUAAGGCUCACAAGACACCAUUAUCGAUUGUUGCAAUUGCCUUCAUUGUUACUAGUAGUGCAUUGGAUUCGCCAUGCUUGAUUUGUUGCAUGGCAAAGGGCAGGCACAUUGAUUAAUUUAUUGAAGGAAACCACUACUAUGAUUGAAUCGAUCAAAUGGAGUAAAUUACUGUGCUUCAUA